AAGCUUUAAGCCUUUAAAGUCAUUGAAACAGCUUUCUAUUCGAAACAAUAAUUUUCAAUCAAGGCCUAACAUUUUCCCGGAUGAAACAAUUGCAGAUCUGACUCUGUUAGAAGUAUUGGUGUUAGAUGUCAGUUCUGUGGAUCGUGACAGGCAGUUAUUUGGAAAGGGAUUUUCCUCACUUCAAAAUCUCCGAACACUCAAUUUUAGUAUUUGUGGUACCGUGUCUCUCAAUAAUGAUACAUUCAAGCAUACACAACAUUUGACUAGUGUCUAUAUCAGCAAGUGCUCACGCCUACGAAUCGAUGGGUUAGGAACAUUUUCCAAGCUCAGAAGACUGACAGUUUUAGAAUUAGAUGUAGAUAUCACUGAAGGAAGGAAGAUAGAUUCAGGGAAUCGGCGGAUGACCGACACAUCAACUCAGAUUUUUAAAGUUGGCUAUGUUCUGGAUAGUCGGCAAGCAUUUCCAUGGGAACAAAUAAAUAAUGCACUCUACAAUACACCAGUUCGUGAAUUGUAUUUUACAAAGAACCAAGACGCAGUAGUUUUCCCGAAAAAGCGUAGUAUAUGGGCACCACCUAGUCUUCGAAGUCUAGCUUUCAGUAAUUGUGGUUUUCGUCUGAUAUCGCUGAAUCUUACAUACGUGACAACACUUAAAAUCGAUCGAAACCAACUCGGAAAUUAUCUAGCGAACAAUACAUAUAUGAUGACGAAUACAAGUAGACUUGAGUUCAUCUCUCUCUCAAAAAAUUCAAUUUAUAAUCUUCAUUCUCAAAUAUUCAAUGACCAACCGCACUUAAAAGUCAUUGACUUAAGUAAUAAUUUCCUUGAACAUGCCGACGUAGGUUUAUUAAACCAGACUAGUUUAGAGAUAUUAAAUCUUGCAAAUAACUCAAUACAGUUUUUUAGUGAUAGUUCAAUGAAGAAUAUAGAUCGCAUUCUUAAAAAAAAUAUCGAUAUGAAAAUUAACCUCAGUGGAAAUCCCCUACACUGUGCCUGCUCGUUACUUCCCUAUUUGAAUUGGAUGAUUAAUGUUCGUGAACAUUUUGUAAAUUUUAAUCAAUACAAAUGCGUUCUAGAAAACGGGAGCCUGUCAAUAUCAAAUUCGUUUGAAGACAUUAUACUUCAUUUUCAAACAAACUGCGUAAAUCAUUCUCAUUUGGUAGUUGGCGUGUCUUUUGCUUUAUUUGGCUUCAUAUCAUUUUUAAUAGCAGCUCUCAUUUAUAGACACAGGUGGAAACUCCGCUACUUAUUCUAUACAGCAAAAUUGAGAUAUGCCUCACAAAAAAACAUGAAUGAUCGUGGACAAUACGUCUACGAUGCUUUUAUAUCUUACUCCGACGAAAUUCAAACGUUUGUUACAAAAGACUGUAUUGAUAAUCUUGAACGGGAUGGACAUCUUAAACUAUGUAUACAUCAUCGAGACUUUCUACCGGGAGCAGCCAUUACUAACAAUAUCACCCAAGCCAUCCAAAGCAGUCGAAAAACAAUCUGCAUCAUAACGAGGUCUUUUAUCGAAUCCGACUAUUGCAUGUUUGAAUUGAAUAUGGCGAGAAUGGAAAGCAUUCACAGAAAGAAAGACAAAAGUUUAAUUUUUCUUGUGUUUUAUGAGCAACUGCAACCUGAGGAGUUACCUUUAGUUUUAUAUGAAAUUAUUCAGAAAAAAACAUAUAUUGAAUAUCCAAAUGAUGUGCACGGAAAUGUAAUUUUCUGGGAGAAAAUCAAAGACGCUAUCAAUGCAUAGAAGAGGAAUUAUAGAUCUGAUUACAAUUAAAAAACUAACAAAUCAAAUAUUUCCAAAUGAGAAUCACAGCAAGACAAAUUAGAAAAGUCGGUUUUUUAAACAGCAAAAUAUUUUGAGAUUGGAGAGUUUGAGACAGAUCAGAUGAUACUAGGACUGUGUCUUAAUAAAUUUGCUAUCAUAUUUAUGUGUUUGCUUUGUGAGGAGAUUUAGAAAGAACAGUUUGCGUCAUUGAAGUAGGAUUGGUACUGCUUUGGACUUGUGUCCAAUGAUAUUUAGACCGUCUGGCAACAUAGGAAUAACUUUAUUUUCUUUAAUACAGGUCUUACAAUACCUUUCUAUGUGUGACUAUCAGUCACUAACAAGGCAUCGAAAUGCUAUUAGUCGUAAGAUAUAUCAUCUAACAUGACGCUUAUUCAAUGGCUCUUUCUAUUCUUAUUUUGAUGUUUUAAAAAUCUCAAUUCAUUAUCUGAAACAAUCAAAUGUUAAAAGCAAUAUAUCAAAACGUAUUGCAUUAAUCUAUUAGACAUUUUUUUCUC